AUGAUUGUGGUUGCGUGCAUCGGCCUCAUAUUCAGUCUUUUAUUGAUCGUUAUCAUAAUCUUCCAUCGAAAAUCUCAUACAGUAACAAAUUUACUUCUGUGUGAGUUAUGCUUUACUGCGCUGUGCUUCUAUGCGUUGCAUUUUACUGGAUGUUAUUAUGGCACACGUCAAAAUUGGUCGGAAAAUCAGCCGCUCUGCACCCUACGGGCUUAUCUUUUGAACGUGACAAUAACGUCUGCUUCGUAUUCGUUCUUUAUUCAAUCGAUCAGUCGAUUGUUUUUCACGCGUUUUUAUAACAAUCGAACUUGGCUUACAUGGCGAACACAUUGGAUAUUGAUUGUUGUUAAAUAUUUAGUAUCGUUUCUCAUCGCCAUUGUACCGUUUUUCUAUGAAAAUGGUUUCGGGUUAGUCGAGGGCGAUCGAAUGUGCAUGAUUACAAUGAAAACAAAGGCUAUACCAUUCUAUACUCUCGCCAUGUCAUCUAUGUUGCCAACUAUCGGUGUAAUAUCUAUCUAUAGUAUUAUUCUUCAUGAGAUUCGUUUGGUAGCAGCGAAAGUGUCGCCAAAUAUAGAUAAAACUCCUUCAUAUCGAAAUGCCAAACGAAAUUUGAAGAUCUUGCAACAACUUCUAAUACUUCUGAGUAUACUAGCGUGCGGUGCGACUCCUUAUUUGAUCCUUUGUUUUUGGAAUUUGAACAGUAGUCAACGUCCUCCCGACGAAUUAUAUUUUAUUUCGCUCAAUUUCGUGGUCUUAUCUGCGACAAUAAUGCUAACUGUUUCAGUGUUUAUGAAUAAGAAAGUCAAAGAUAGUCUCAAUAAUUUCACUAGAGUGCACAUAUAG